CAUUUUUCCCACGACUUUCAGAUCUCUCUCUCCGCAGCAGAAACUUGCUCGAAUAGAAAACCACAAAAGGAAAAAAAAAAAAUUCAGCUCACAUGUAAUAGCAACACCAGCUCAAAAUAUUUGAUUGAAGAAUUGAAACCGAGUUCAUUUUCAACCACGAUGAGUAUUGAACCUUUUAACAGGUUGGUGAAGCUGGCUGCGAGAGCUUUUUACGAUGACAUUACGACUAAGGGGGAUAAUCAGCCCAAGACUGGUCGGAGUGAUAAUAGAGGAAUUGCGGUGGUUGUUCUUGAUGCUCUCACGAGACGACAAUGGGUUCGGGAAGAAGAUUUGGCAAAGAACUUAAAACUACAUUCGAAGCAAUUGCGUCGAACCCUAAGGUUCCUAGAAGAGGAAAAACUGAUUACCCGAGAUCAUAGAAGGGAGACAGCUAAGGGAGCAAAGAUAUUUAGUGCUGCAGUUGCUGCCACGGCCGAUGGUCAACAGCCAGGGAAGGAGGGAGAUGAAAAGAUUAAGAUGCACACACACUCUUAUUGCUCGCUAGACUAUGCUCAGAUCUAUGAUGUGGUUAGAUACAGAAUGCACCGGAUGAAGAAAAAACUGAAAGAUGAAUUAGAGGACAAGAACACAGUUCAAGAGUAUAUAUGCCCCAACUGUUCGAGAAGAUACACUGCUUUGGAUGCUCUGCGGUUGAUCUCUCUUGAGGAUGAAUACUUUCACUGUGAAAAUUGCAAUGGAGAGCUGGUUGCAGAGAGUGACAAACUGGCGGCGGCUCAAGGAGGGGAUGGAGAUGAUAAUGCCAGAAAGCGACGGCAUGAAAAAUUAAAAGACAUGCUUCAGAAGAUGGAGGUCCAACUUAAACCUUUGAUGGAACAACUCAGCAGAGUCAAAGAUUUGCCUGUUCCGGAAUUUGGAACUCUUUUAGCAUGGGAAGCUCGUGCAAGUGCAGCUGCACGUGGGGCAAAUGGUGAUCUCAACGGUAAUGAUCCCUCGAAGUCAUCGCAAGGUUUAGGAUAUGGGGGAACACCAAUGCCUUUUGUUGGAGAGACCAAGGUUGAAGUUGCCUUUUCUGGGGCUGAGGGCAAGGGAGUGGAUGUUAAAUCUGAAACUGAGAACACGGGACUGAAAGUUUUACCACCUUGGAUGAUCAAGAAAGGAAUGAACCUCACAAAGGAACAACGUGGGGAGGUCAAAGAGGAGUCAAAGAUGGAUGCUGGUUCAGCUGCUCAGUUUUCUGAUGAUAAAAAGUCAUCGGCCAAUGACGAUGAUAAAACGAAUUUUCAGGAUGAGUAUGUUAAAGCUUAUUAUGCUGCUAUACUGAAGAAGCAACAAGAACUUGAAGAAUCUGCUAAGAGACCAGAGGAAUUAUCCAGUACAGAGGUUACUGAAAGUGUGUCUAAUGCAAAUUCCAGUCGCCAGGUGGGAAUGAAAGCAAAACGUGAAGGGGAUGAAGAAGAUGAUGAUAUUGAGUGGGAGGAGGCACCAAUAGGGGGUAAUGCAAAUGAAAAUUACAAGGUCGGUGACUUGAAUGUUGAAGCAUCAGCUUCGGUAGAGGAUGAAGAAGAAGAUGACGUGGAUUGGGAGGAAGGUUGAAGAGGCAAAGAGAAGUUUUAUACCAUAAAUCUGAUACAAGGUCAUGGUGCGUUCCUUCCAUCUGCAAGGCCUUAAAUGAAUUGAGGUAGGAGCUCUGCAGUUAAUCUUGAGCAGCUGUGUUACCUGUUAUGUUGGAGCCGACUUUAAACAUCCCCUAACCUAUAAUUGCUUGAUUUUCUGCUGAUAUUCCUUCUUGGGUAGUCCGAUGAAUUGAAUUGUACUCCACCAGUUUGGUGUGCUGGAAGAAAAGUUCAAGGAAAGUUGAUAUCAAUUGAAUUUUUACUCAUCAAGCAAGUGUGUGGGAAGAAGAGAGGAGUGAUAAUCCAUUUCUUACCAAUUACUGUGGGAUAAACUCUUGUGCAAACUUAUUACCUGGAGCAAUAUGGUGUAUUUACAAUAGCUUUUAUCUCUUCAGCUGAUAGGGAAGUUCAGAAAUAAAGAUAGCUGACUGUCAAACAUUAUCUCCCCUCUCCCUGUAGAAACAACAGAAUACAAGAAUUCAAUAUCUUUUUAAACUUUGCAUAAUGCAUGUGCUUUAUUUGUA